AUGGGCAACUACUUCUUCAGAAAAGAGCUCACUGAAGAUUCCAAUUAUGAUCACAGUGUGCAGUUUAAGCGCCCCCAAAACAAACGAAAACGCACGAUAAACCAAAAUGAAGAUACUGAAGACGCUACAGAUAGUUUGCAAGCCUGUACUAAAAGGCAAAGAAACGAUGAAGCAAUAUAUCAUCAGUAUACUCUUAGUAAAUUAUUUUUCAAUGAUGAAAAUGGCGAUACUACCAUUGAAGCACUAGGUUACAAGUGGAAGAUGCAUAAAAUCUGCUUAAUACGAGCUGGCUAUUUUAAGUCUAUGUUCAGCGGAUUUUGGCAGGAGUCAAAGGCUACGUACGUAAAGAUUGAAAUGAUCGAUAAGAACAUUACUGUCAAUGCUAUUAAUACGGCUUUUGCUAGUCUGUAUGAUGACGACACCGAAAUUAAAUCUUCGGAAGCUAUUUCCAUUGUAGCUGUAGCAACAAUGCUUCAGAUAGAUAAUUUAAUUAAACGUUGCACCGACGUGAUGAUCGCUACUAUAAGCGAAGAAAAUGAACGCACUUUCAGAGAAGCUGCUUCUGCAUAUGGUUUACUAGAAGUGCAUGGACUGGCUUGCACUGCGACUGCUGACUAUCAAACGAUACGACUUGAUGCUGCUGCAGUCUAUAGAUGUAAAUCUAAUGGAAAAAAUUGUAAGCUCUCCAUCUUUGCUUGUGCUGCAGGUGGAAAUGGAUGUAUAUGCGAUGUUAAAGAGGGUUCCACAAAUUUCUUAGUAACAGAGGAAGGAAAAGUAUUUUCGUUAGCUUUUCGCCAAUUAAAGUUUAACCAUAUUAUAACCGAUACUAAGAUUGCUAGACAAAUCGAGAAAGAUCGUAUUAUUUCUCAAGAUUGGCUAUUACCUAUUUAUCGUCAGGAAUGGAGAACCCUGCUAGCUGUUGAGGAAGGUGAUGAUUUCGGAUCGCCGAAGAGAAUAUCUUUGAAGAGAAACAUAUCAGAACAUGAUGUUGCUAUGUCAUUAAGUCUCGAAAACUCUCGAUGUAUAAUGACAAAGUAA